AUCUUUACGACAGACCGUAUUCCAUCUCGCCAAUAUGGCGUCCCCCAUUUAGGAGGCGGCCGUGGUUUCUACCCAGAUAGCCGGGGGCAGUGCUGAGCUCCGGCAGUUGAUUGUGUAACCCGAAGCGCUGAAAGCUGCAGUUAACGUGCUUUUCUGGUCACGCUUCCAGGAACUCACCCUCCUCUGAGAGUCAGGAGUUGCCGCUUUCUUCUAGUUCCUGCAAGUUCUUCCUCUGCCCCUGGUUUGUUCCUCGUGCCACCUCCGGACACCCCCAAGUCCCUGACAUUCCCAGACUCAAACUAUGAGCCUUCGGCAGCUGCUGUUGCGCUUGCCCCGUUAUCUCGGGGUGUCGGGUUCCCCGCGUCGCUGGUGGUGGUCCCCGUCCCUCGAUACCAUCUCCUCGGUGGGCUCCUGGCGUGGUCAGUCCUCCAGGUCCCCGGGCCACUGGAACCAAGUGGUGUCAGAGGCAGAGAGGAUCGUGGGCUAUCCCACGUCUUUCAUGAGCCUCCGCUGCCUGCUGAGCGACGAGCUCAGCAACAUCGCUAUGCAGGUGCGGAAGCUGGUGGGGACUCAGCACCCUCUGCUUACCACGGCCAGGGGGCUCGUACACGAUAGCCGGCACAACCUCCAGUUGCGGGGCUUGGUGGUGCUACUUAUUUCCAAAGCAGCUGGGCCCAGCAGCACGAAUGCUUCAUGUCAGAACUAUGACAUGGUCAGUGGGAUCUAUUCAUGUCAAAGAAGUUUGGCAGAGAUCACGGAACUUAUCCAUACUGCUCUCCUCGUGCAUCGUGGCAUAGUAAAUUUAAAUGAGCUGCAAUCUUCUGAUGGACCACUGAAAGACAUGCAGUUUGGAAAUAAAAUAGCUAUCCUGAGUGGAGACUUUCUUCUAGCAAAUGCCUGCAAUGGACUAGCAUUGCUACAGAACACCAAGGUUGUGGAACUUAUAGCAAGUGCUCUUAUGGACUUGGUACAAGGGGUAUACCAUGAAAAUUCUACUUCAGCAAAGGAAAAUCAUAUCACAAAAGAUAUUGGAAUAUCGACUUGGAAGAAGCAGGCUUUUCUCUCCCAUGGAGCCUUAUUAGCAAAGAGCUGCCAAGCUGCCAUGGAAUUAGCAAAGCAUGAUGCUGACGUUCAGGAUGUGGCAUUUCGGUAUGGGAAGCACAUGGCCAUGAGUCAUAAGAUAAAUUCUGAUCUCCAGCCUUUUAUUAAAGAAAAGACCAGUGACUCCGUGGCUUUUAAUCUAAACUCAGCUCCCGUAGUCUUACAUCAGGAGUUUCUUGGAAGAGAUUUGUGGAUUAAGCAGAUUGGAGAGGCUCGAGAGAAAGGAAGAUUAGACUAUGCUAAGUUGCGGGAAACAAUCAAAGCUGGCAAAGGUGUGACUUCAGCUAUUGACCUGUGUCGUUACCAUGGAAACAAGGCACUGGAGGCCCUGGAGAGCUUUCCUCCCUCGGAGGCCAGAUCUGCUUUAGAAAACAUUGUGUUUGCAGUGACCAGAUUUUUGUGACACCAAAUUAAAAAGACACUAUUGUUCGUUAGCCGGGAAAAAAACAAAAAACAAAAAACCUGGGGAAUGAGGGGAUCGGGAGAGCUUUCGUGAUGGCAUAUCUAAAUGUCUUAAUGACUUUAAAAUCAUAAUCCAUUUUUCCCCCUUCCUUUUAUCACGUUGGUAAAUGAAUCCUGCCUCCUUUUUGGAACUGCUACAAACAAAAUUAGAAGAAAAAAGGUCAAGCAGUUUUCACUUGUCACGCCAGCAGCACACUUGAGGCUGCAGUAGCAGAAAUAAUUAAUGAGAUUCGCUCCUGUGACCUCAGCAAAUGGACAGGAAAUAAGUCCUUAUUGAUUGGACCGAGCCCGGGAUGGCGCCGGGGCGGUGGCCUGUGGUUUGCCUUCUAGAGAGGGCAGAGCAAGCUGGAAGCGGCAGGUGUCAAGAGAAACACGAUCGGUGCCAACCAGCGAGGACUGUCAAAUCAAAAACUAGUGACCAAUUGUUAUAAGGGACGAUAGUUUUGAUAAUGAAGAAAAAAAAAUGUGCUUUGUCUCCUUGCAAUUACGUCUCUGUAUCUGUAGGUACAGUAUGAAUACACUUCGCACUACUGCUUUUGGUAAGGGUUGUUUUUUUUUAGGAAAAAUUUGCUGAAAAAGUAAUGCUAAAUAUUUGAAGUAGGAGAUUAAAAUGUUAUCAUAUGUUAA